AUGUAUCAGGACCGCCCCUGCGCCGCAUGCAGGGCCCUUUGUGGUGGGGCCCAGGCGCAGAGCCGCACUGCGGGUUUGGCUGGACGCGGCAGCGAUGCUCCAGAUAAGAUCCUACGGGAUCUUAUCAACCAGGAGGCAGAAGGUGCUGGUUUCCUCCUGGUGCUCUCUCUACUGGUGCAAACCAGCAUCAUCCACAUGGGCCAGAACUGGUGUGUGAGGGCCAACACCUCCCAGUUCCUACUGGGUGCCACACAAAACCCAGGGCUGGCCAACCACUCAGUCCGCAACCUCCUGGGUAACUUCUCCAUCAGUGCUGACAACAGCAUCGGGGUCACCUCUGCCUCCCUCCUGCUCCCAGGCCUGCUGGAUGCCCGUGUGGAGCUGCCUCUCCUGGGUAUUGCUGUUGGAGCAGCCCUGGCCCUGGGUGCCCUACUCAGCCUGGGCUCCUGUGCUGUCUGCCUAGUGUGGGGCCAGGCCAAGACAUUGCCCAGCACGGGGAGCAGCCUGCACAGCCACUGCUCCCGUUGCAGUGGCUCCCACCCACCGCAGCCCUGGGGCAUGCAUCCGCUCCGCCAGACCCGGUCCCUGCCUCCUGACCUGCACCUUGGGGACCUCAUGUUGGAAGCUGAAGCUUCCCCCAAGGGGGUGGGAGCUGGUGCCAGGGGAGAAGAGAGUGCCCUGCUGGAGCUGCAGAACUCCCUGGUCCUCAACAAACUCGGUUUUGUCCAGCUCCCCACAUCUGGGUGCAUCUACAAAGUGCCCAGUGUGAGCAGUGAUGAGAUCUGGCUGUGAGACACGGCAUGGUGCCCAUAAGCCAGGGCUGCCCAGCAGCAGCGAUGUGCCAGCUCCAGGGCAGCACAGCCCAG